UGGAUGUGACGAGCAUGUGUGCGGGUCAAGCCUCGGGCGUUGCACGCGCAGGGAAAUAAAAACCACAUUUUUUUGUGUGCUUUUGCUGAUUUUUUUUAUUUUAUUUUAUUUUUAAUUUUUUAUUCGUCUUGUCUACCUGCCGAUUAAUCCCCCCCACCCACCGUGGCGACAUGUCAAACUCAAACAAAAGCAAGAAGGACAAAGAAAUCCUCGCAGAAUACGAAAGCCAAGUGAAAGAUGUCCGGACCCAGUUGGUGGAGCAGCAGCGCUGUCUCGAACAGCAGACGGAGAUGCGGGUCCAGCUGCUCCAGGACCUGCAGGACUUCUUCAGGAAGAAGGCCGAGAUUGAAACAGAAUAUUCCAGAAACCUGGAGAAACUGGCAGAGAGGUUCAUGGCCAAAACACGCAGCACAAAAGAUCAUCAGCAAUACAAAAAGGACCAGAACCUGCUCUCUCCAGUCAACUGCUGGUACUUGUUGUUAAACCAGGUGAGGAGGGAGAGUAAAGACCACGCCACCCUCAGUGACCUCUACCUGAACAACGUCAUCAGCCGCCUGACACACAUAAGCGAGGACUCAGCUCGUCUGCUAAAGAAGAGUAAGGAGAUCAUCUUUCAGCUUCAGGAAGAUCUUGUGAAACUUCUGAAUGAGCUUUAUACCGUGAUGAAGACGUAUCACAUGUACCACGCGGAGAUGAUCAAUGCAGAGGCCAAGCUGCGGGAGGCGGAGCGCCAGGAGGGCCGUGUGAAGGGCGUGUCUGGGACGGGCGGAGGGGGGGAGCCUGUGUUUGGUCUGCGGAUAGAGGAGCGCCACCAGAGACGCAACGCCGCCCGCAAGAUGGAAAAGAUGAGAGAGAAGAGAAAGGCAAAGUACUCGGAGAACAAAGUGAAGGCACUGAAGGCCAGAAAUGAGUAUCUGCUGACUCUGGAAGCUACUAAUGCAUCUGUGUUUAAAUACUACAUCCAUGACCUGCCCGAUAUCAUUGACUGCUGUGACUUAGGGUACCACUCCAGUCUGAGCCGGGCUCUGAGGACCUACCUAUCAGCCGAGCUGAGCCUUGAAGCCUCGCGGAGAGCCGGCCUGGAGGUGCUGGAGGGGGCAGUGGAGAACCUGGACCCGGCCCGCGACCGCCAGCGUCUGCUGGGCCUGUACCCCACAACCUUCUGCCCGCCACAGCGCUUCAGCUUCCAGGCCCACAUGGGCGACCAAGUGACUCAAAUCGCCUCCCAGCCGCAGCUCCAGGCUGAGCUCACCCUCCGCCUCACUCAGCUCCAGACCCGCCUGGCAUCCCUGAAGAUAGAGAACGAGGAGGUGAAGAAGACCUGGGGUGCGACUCUCACCACCCUGCAGGACAUGACGGUGCUGGACGACUACGACGUCUCCCAGAGCUUCACCCACAGCCCGUCCUCCGAGUCAGUGAAGUCCAGCGUGUCUGACGGCUACUUGAACAAACCCAGUCUGGCCAAGAGACGGGCCAACCAGCAGGAGACGGAGCUCUUCUACUUCACUAAAUUCAGCGAGUACCUGGAGGGAAGUAAUCUCAUCUCCAAACUUCAGGCCAAACACGACACACUAAAAAAAGCCUUAGCAGAAGGGUAUAAAUCUGAACUGCUGACUACCAGUCGUGGGCGGAAGAACUCCCAUAGCAAGCACCAGGAUUCAACCAAAGCCAUACCUUUGCUUGUGGAAAGCUGCAUCCGCUACAUCAACCUUCAUGGUCUUCAGCAUCAAGGAAUAUUCCGGGUGUCAGGAUCACAGGUUGAGGUCAACGACAUCAAGAAUUCCUUUGAGAGAGGUAAUGACCCACUGAUUGAUGAGGAAAGCAACCAUGACAUCAACUCUGUGGCCGGAGUGUUGAAGCUCUACUUCAGGGGUUUGGAGAACCCUCUGUUUCCAAAGGACAGGUUUAAUGACCUCAUCUCCUGCGUCCGAAUGGAGAACUUGUACGAAAGAGCUCAGUGCAUCCGUAAGAUCCUCCUGGGGGUCCCGAGGGCGACGCUGGUGGUGAUGCGUUACCUGUUCGCCUUCCUCAACCACCUUUCCCAGUACAGCGACGAGAACAUGAUGGACGCUGGGAACUUGGCCAUCGUGUACGGCCCCACCCUCUUGCCCACGCCCGACACGCUGGACCAGGUGGCCUGUCAGGCGCAUGUGAAUGAGGUGGUAAAGACCGUCAUCCUGCACCACGACAACAUCUUCCCCGACACCAAGGAGCUGCCCGGCCCAGUUUAUGAGAAGUGCAUGACUGGAGACCAGUACUGUGAGAGUCCAUUCAGCGAGCCAGGGGCGUUGGAGGAGGCCGAGCCCGACGCCGGCACCGAGACCCAGACCAGCGACGAGGAGGGUGAAGCAGUGGAGGCGGUGGCGAGGUUCGACUACGUGGGCCGGUCGGGCCGCGAGCUCUCCUUCAAAAAGGGAGCGUCCCUGCAGCUUUUCCAGCGCGCGUCACAUGACUGGUGGGAGGGCCGUCUCAACGGCAACCACGGCCUGGUGCCUCAUCAGUACAUUGUGGUGAAGGACAGGCGAGUGCACAGCCCCAGAUGGACCGACAACAUGUCGGACACACUCAGUCAGAAAGCCGACAGCGACGGAGGAAGCAGCAGCACUGAUGACAAGAGGUCCAGGAGCGAGCUGAGCUCCCCGACCGACAUCCGACCACCGGAGAACUACAACAGUAACAGAAGGAAGCGGACCGACGGUCUCUUCCGUCGGCCCCUCUGCCGCUCCAACGACAACCAUGGCAACGGAGGCGGGAUGGAGCGGAGCUCUCCCCCGGUGACGGGUCACUUCAGCCCGAGGGAGCUGCUGCUGGGGCGGGGCCAGGGCAUGACCCCGCCCCUGGACAGCCCAGAGCGCCGCCGCCGCUCUGCUGCCAUGACCAUGACCGUGACCCGACACGAUUCGCUGCGGCGGCCAGAGGACACGCCCAUCCGGCGCUCCUGCAGCGGGCAGCAUGGCUUUAACGAUUCCCUUCGAUCCAGAGCGUUGGACCCCGAAACGCUGGCACAGGACAUUGAGGAAACGGUGACCGUGGCGCUGGGGGAGCUGAGGCAAAUGGAGCGGCAGGGCUGCCGGCCGGCACCGGAUGUGGUCCUGGACACCCUGGAGCAGGUGAAGAACGGCCCGGUCACCACCUGCUCCUCCGAGUCCCCCAGCCCCCACAGCACCCCCAGUACUCCGGGAACACCCGGGACCCCCGGCACGCCCGGGACCCCGGGGACCCCCGGCACCCCGAGUCCCCUCAGUCCUCUGAGUCCUAUAAGUCCACUCCCCGGACCGCCGCCUGGACCGCCCAGACCGGCCAACCCGUCCCCCGAUGCCCUGGGCUCCUUCAAGCCCGUGGCGGCCGCCCGCAUGGGGGCUCCGCUGCGGCCCCCCGCCCUCAGGCCCAAACCUAUGGUCCCGCCCAAGAGCAGCACCCCACCACUGCCCCCGCCAUUGGACAAAUCCUGCACCAUGUGAGCCAAAACAGGCCAAAACGAAGGCCGAAUCAGGCCUACCCAGGCCAAAAAUGGGCCAGAAGAGGAGAUCAGGGUACUGCUUACUGAUUAUAAUCAACGUGAGGGUAGAAACGGUAGGACAGAUGAAAAGGCUAUUAAUGUAGUAAUAAAAUACAAUAUAUGACAUGACCUAUGAUAUGCCAUGAUAUUUGUGUCGUUAGGUUGGUGUGUACUCUUGGUGUGUAGGAGUUUACUUUCUCCAUGUGUUGAAGCAUUAUCAAAGGUUUUACAAAAGAACUGCUUAUGAAGAGGACCAGUUGUAGGCGGAGGUUUCCUGUCCUGCACGUGCCAGACGAGGGAAAGUGUAGUUCCGGUCCAGUAAAGUGUAGUUUCAUUGACUUGAAUGUUGGAUGUUCUUUCGCUGAAAUGGACCCAGGCAGGCUGAAGAAGCUCGAUUGGUUGACGGAAGGAAGAAGGACACGGCAGCGAUGGUUCAACAACUGUCUCUGUGACUUUUGAUGAAUUUUCUGUUCAUCUUUUUCUUUUUUUUCCACUCAGUUCAGCUGCUACGCUCACUCACACCUCAAACGCCUCUUGAGGUCGUCGGUGACGGAAAACUCAUUCAACCAACGUCCGAGUAUUUAAUGAAUGUGUUCUGCUUUUUUAACGACUGUUCCAGCCAUCCUAUUGAAUGUUCAGUGGGCCGUUCAGUGCGGCGGCCUCACUUUUUAGCAGCCUUCUUGUGUUUCCGCAGGGAACGCCGUGCCAAAAAAGCAGGAGCUUCGACCGGGAGGAUGGAAGCUCUCCUGUGAAAUUAUUUGGCACACAUGGCAUUCCAUACUUUUUCUGGGUCAGCGAGAUGGGCGUGUGAUUUAGUUCUCGUUAGUUUGAGCGAGCGUGUGUGGCUGUCCGUGUGUGUGUCCUGCUUGCCUGCCCUUGUUCUGCUCCCUUGGAAGUGCUGAAGCACUAGAAUAGUGAUAGAUGAUAGAUAAUUCAUGCCUGAAUACACGAGUGCAAGUUGGGGAAAACAGUGCGAGUGCAAAAAAGCAUGCCACUAUUUGCGUGUGUGUGUGUGGAAAAAAAAUGGUUUACCUGCCUGUUACACUGACGUCACUAGUUAACCUUAAAUUCACAAUAAGCUAACAGGGUGGGGCUCUGUAAGUGCCCCCCGAAAAAACAAAAAAAAACAAAAACACUUGAACAGCACAGUGAAUGUGGCCUCCAACCAGGCUGUGUGUGGUGAUUCAAAUGAAACAUGAGGUGCUGAGAUGAGCUCCGUGUGCACAUCUGUGUGUGUGUGUGCGUGUGUGUGAGUGUGUGUGUAUGUGAAAGUGCCUUUUUGUUUUUUUUAAACCCUUGUCUUUUUUUGGGAGCUGUGAAUCCACUCACGCAUGUCCUGAACAAAGAGCAGCAGCACUCAAGAUGAAAUAAUCAUAAAGUGUUAAGUAGAUUACUGAAUUAUGAAUUUUUAGCGUUAAAUCAUUGUGACAUUGCACUUUGAUGUAUAGGAUCGUGUACUUGGCAUGUAGCAUCAUAACAUGUUGGUGCAUUUUAACUCAAAGGGAGGUUUCUUUGAAUGCGUUUGAUGAUAACAGAAGCGGUUUUAUGUCUGUUAGUGUUGCUGUAUUUGAACACUGAGCUUCCAAAAGCUGAGCUCAUAUAGCCAAAUGGAUUGUAUCAAUGUGUUGUAUUUAUAUUAUAAAUAAACCUGAAUAAAUUAGCAUUCAACUCAUCAGAGAACUGAGCUUUUCUGCGUAGAUCUCUGUUUAACAUUCAAUAUACCUCUAAGUGUAAAUCA